CCUGCACACAGGGGGGGUGCGUUCCCGGCUCACCAUUUACAAUGCCAACGUGGAGGACGCCGGGAUCUACCGCUGCCAGGCUGCCGAUGCCAACGGGCAGACCCAGGAGGCCACUGUGGUGGUGGAAAUAUACCCUCCGUGCAAGAGGACCAGCUGUCACCAUAGCAACUGCAGACAAGGAACACCUCUGCAACACAAACAUAUUGGAACUAUUCUGUUCUGUUCAUAUUAGCUCAUUUGUUUGAAGAAAUACUAAUUAUGAUAACGACAAAUAUAAAAUAUGGCAUUACAUAGCUGAAUCACAUCAGUCUAUUUUAGUCAUGGCAGAGUCAAACAUUUACUUAUUUGUUUGCUGUACUGGCAUGCUUAGAUGUUAUAAAUUCUUUAUGAAUGCCUUACGUUAUGCACCAGGUGUAACCUUGCUAUUACUUGUGUAAGUACUAAGUGCUCGCAUAUGCGAUUGCAUUUUCUGGGAAUUUCAAGGUAUUGGAGCAAUUCCAAAUUCAAAUAACUAACCAUUGGGAAACUGCUUUAAACACAUUUUGUUUCUUUUUUUACACUAAAUUGCAAUGAAUAGUCGCCUUUCCUAAUGUUUUACUUGCUUGAAAUCUUUUAUCGCAAAGGAGAUGGCUGUUUCUAUUUUUUGUCUGAAUGGAUUAAAUAGGACAGAAUUUGGCGUGAACAAUAAUUUGAGAAUGGGACUGCUUCAUUUUGAGAUGUUAUACUAAUCUGUUGAUAUAAAUGUGUGUAUAAUUCAAGCGGCAAAGAGGCAGCUGUUUAUAUUGAAGUAAGGAUAAGCAAUGGCAGAAGUUGCUAGCUCUUUCAGAUGGCCCAUUAUACAAAUAGGUAUACACUACAGAGCGGAUGUGUAAUGCUGAUGUUUUUCCUUCUAAAAGCUGAGUAAAAUGUGAAGGAAAGAGAACCAGAAAUCAGGUAGAAGAAGGCAUUGAGAAGAUGCAGAAUUAUUUUAAGACCUUGAAGAGCAUGAGAGAAAACCUACAUUCUGGAGGGUUGUCUUUCUACUGUCAGUCACUAAGAACAUGUGGAUUGUACCUACGAGAAGCUGACGUUUCGGCACGUCCAGUCACCACAGGAGUUUCGGCAGGGGGAAGUGGCAGAGGUGGUGUGUGAGGUCAUCAGUUCACCGGUGCCCAUCAUGUCCUGGUUCUACAACGACAUGGAGAUAACUGACCAGCACUACAACAGAUUCCAGGUUCUUGCCAACAACAACCUGCAGAUACACAAAGUGGCCAAGACGGACGAGGGCGUGUACCGGUGUGAGGCGCGCGUGGAGGCCAGGGGAGAGAUCGAUUUCAGAGACAUCGUCGUCAUCGUCAAUGUUCCUCCGGUGCUCUCCGUACCGCAGCAGUCAUUCAACGCCACCGCUGACAACAAGGAGUCCGUGACCUUCACCUGCAGGGCCUACGGCUCACCGGACCCUGAGGUCACCUGGCACAGGCGUGGGAAGCAGAUCGAGGAAUCGGAGCAGUACUCUCUGAAGGUCAGGGGCACCACGCUCACGGUUCGGAACAUCAGACAGGACGACGGAGGCUCCUACUCCUGCAAGGCCAGCAACAAGGCCGGAGAGGCUGAACAGGAGCUCUUCCUCAAGGUGUUCGUCCAGCCCCAGAUCACCCAGCUGCGGAAUGUGACGGCGGUGGAGGACAGCGCCGCCAUGAUCUCCUGCACCGCCGAAGGGGAGCCCCUCCCCGAAAUCUCCUGGAGGAGGGCGAGUGACGGGAAGAGCUUCGCUGAUGGAGACAAGAGCUCGGACGGGCGGGUGGAAGUUCGCGGUCGUCACGGGAAGUCCAUGCUGACCAUCAGCGGGGUGAAGCUGUCGGACUGGGGUCGCUUCGACUGCGAGGCCCUCAGCUGGAUCGGAGGUCACCAGAAGAGCAUGUUCCUGGACAUCGAGUAUGCACCCAAGUUUCAGAGCAAUCAUACCAUCUACUACUCAUGGGAAGGAAAUCCAGUCAACAUCAGCUGUGAAGUGAUGGCGAACCCCCAGGCCUCCCUUCUGUGGAAGAAGGACAGACAGACCAUCUCCACCGAAGGCCCAGGCAGCGCCCGCGUGUACAACAGCGAAGGCCGGUCGCUGCUAGAGGUCACCCCGAUGUCAGACAGAGACUUUGGGAGAUACAACUGCACAGCGAGGAACAACAUUGGAGUACGGUACCAGGAGUUCAUCCUGGCUCAGGCAGACGUACCCUCGAACCCGUACUCCGUCCGCCUCAGCUCUGUGUCUCAGCGCGUCGCCACGGUUACCUUCAUGAAGCCGGACUCCCACGGCGGGGUCCCCAUUGGUCACUACCUGGUCCGGUACAAGGACGUCGGCUCGCAGGACUGGAGGGACGUCAGGUCUCACGGAGUGCAGACGGUGGUGCUGCUGACCAACCUGGAGCCCAACACCACGUACGAGGUGCGAGUGGCAGCCGUGAACGGGAAAGGACAGGGCGAGUUCAGCCGCACGGAGAACUUCCAGACCCUCCCCAUCCGAGAACCCAGCCCCCCAGUAGUACACGGGCAGAGGGGUGUAGGGAAGGCCUAUAGGCUGGGCCUGGUGAAGCAGGAUGAUGGCGGGAUGCCCAUUGUGGAGUACAUAGUCAAGUACAAGAUGCAGGAGAAAGAUGACCAGUGGAUGACGAAGCUGGUUCCUGGGAUGAACGACUUUGUGCUGCUCCAGCACCUGCAGUGGAACACGCGCUACGAGGUGGAGAUCACUGCCAGGAACGUGAAGGGCCUCUCCGAACCCACCUACUUCCAGUUCUCCAUGCCUCAGAGACCUGACAUCACGGCAGACUCCCUGUUCAGCGGCCUGGGGCUCGGCGCGGUGGUGGGGCUGGGCCUGGCGGCCCUCUUGCUGGUGCUGGUGGCCGUGGACGUCAGCUGCUUCUUCCUCAGGCAGUGCGGCCUCCUCAUGUGCAUCACCAAGAAGCUCUGCGGCAAGAAGAGCGCCACCAGCAGCAAGAGCAAAGACAUGGAGGAGGGCAAAGCCGCCUACCUGAACGAUGGGUCGAAGGAGCCCAUCGUUGAGAUGCGAACGGAAGAGGAGAGAAUAACUAACCCCGAUGAUGGGAGCCCAGUGAUCGAGCCCAAUGAGACCACACCACUCACAGAACCAGAGAAGUUGCCCCUGAAAGAGGAGAACGGCAAAGAGACUCUCAAGACGGACGGCAUCGAGAUCAAAGUCCACGGCGACAGCAGCAUCCUGUCCAAGGAGGAGGACAGCAAAGCGUAAUGGAGGCCAUCUCCAUCACACAGAAACAUUCAGAGCAAGCUACCCUGAGACCAAAACCACGAAAUACACAAGAAAAACAAAGAAGAAGAAGUUAUAAUCCUCCAUUAAUAAUCAGUAUGUUAGGGCACCAAGGAGGCAACUUGUAAAUAUGACUGGGAUGAAGACCACUCUGAUAGUUUUGUGAUAAAUUGGUAAUGUUCUUUCGGAAAAUGCCACCAGAUGUUGAUGUCACCCGUUGAUCAGUGAUUUGUUUUUGUUGUUUUUUUUUCUUUCUUUUUUUUAAAACUAUAAGCCUUUGCCGUUGCUUCGGUGUUUCCUCUCCACGUGAAGAGACGCUCAGGCCCAGAUCUGUGAAAGGUUUGUGGAGGUUUUUCACCCACACACCACUGCAGAACGUGGCAUCGUGUGGAAGGAUAUUCACUGAAUGAAAGGGAUGAUAUUUGCGUGUCUCAAGUAUCAGAAAAUUGUGGAUUUUUUUUUUUUUCCACUUGCUACUUGGCCUUCAACAGCAUAUUUCAUUGUGGGCAUUCUGACAGAGGAGCCACAAGGUUUUGGGAGUGGAUUAGUACAAGUCAAAUUCUGAUUACAUUUAUCAGGAGGUAACUGCUUGAGGCAUGACUAUGUGUCUUGUUUAAGAGCUUUCAUUUCAAGCAGGAGCAGGAGAAUGAAGGUUUAAAGGCCUGGAAAUAGGUUUAAUCAGAAUUCAGUCAAUAGCCAUGUAAUAAUUGUUUCAGCAAAAUAAAAUAAGAUGGAGCUUAACCAGCAUAUCAUCUGUUGCUUAGCUAUUAACUGUUUAUUAAUUAUUGCUGUGCUUACACAGAUUUAUAAAUACAGAAUUCAACUUCCCCCUCAAUGGCAUUACAUACUGUACAGGGAGAGAUUGUUGCAUUCCAACACGUCAGCUUAAUUCACUCUGAUUCAUCUGGAAAUGCAUUUCAUUCCCUAGCAACAUCUAAACAAACUGAGAACAUCUAAACAAAUUAAGCAAAGGAUUUUUGUUUUGACAUGUCUCAAACACAUACUUUGAGCAAUUGUUUAUAGCCAUAUUGUGACCUGUCUCCCAUCAAUCAGUGGAAAUGUAUACAGAAACCAGAUGCACAAUCUCACAGAAUGUGCAAAUUGUGCAUAGAGGCAAUGUCAUCAUUUAGAAAAACUGUUUUAUUUGUGAAAAUGAGAGAUGAGAUGGCAAUUAGUUUUUUUUUUUGAUAAUACUUUCUGUAUUAUCAUCCGUACAUCAUAACCAAGCCAACCCCAUUUGGUAAAGCCACAAAACUAGUUAAGAGAAGUGAGUGAUAGUUUGCUGAUUUAUUAUUACUAUUAUUUUUUGCAUAAUUCCAUUUAAAAAAAUAUCCUGCUUGAGAACAAAAGUAUUUGCAAAUGAAAUGAACUGUAAUAUGCAAUUUCAGAUGCAAAUUCCUGCUCCUGCAGUCCUCUCAGCAGAGAGACGGGGAGAAUGAAAGAGUCCUCACAAUCCGCUUGAUGGUCCCUCUGCUCAGAAUGGCCUCGUUUGUUAGCUGUGUCAGAUAUGGGUGGCCUCAGUUCCACCGGUUGGAGGGAGAACACUCUGCUCCUCUCAUACUGUGCUGCUGUGUAUUUUGUUCUGUCAUUCAUACUGCCAUUUUGGUGCCUCUGCUGGUAUGAUGAUGGGUUGGGGGUGGGGUGGGGGGGGGGGGUCUUGUGUGGGUAAAGUUUGUGUGUACGAGUGUGUGUGUUUGUGUGAGUGUUGAGAGAAAGAGCAUGCGUGUGCUGUGGUAUCACCCGUUCCGUGCUGGAAUGUCGCUCAUGGUAAAUACGUGUGUACUGUAGGUCGUUGUGUCACUGCUGUAGGAGGUCGUGGUGUCCCGUCGGCUGGCCCUCGCCACUGUCUUUGGCCUCGUGUAUCUGAGUGUGACGUUCAAAAAUCAUGUCCAGGAUGCCACGGUUUUUUUGGCGGUCCCCGAGGAAGGUCUCGCAGCUUACGUCCUAGGUACGGUCCUCUCUGCCUGUGAACAAGACACUUUGAGUUGGAAGUUUAGCACGUCAUCAAAUGUAGUAUUUCUUAGAUAUCUGCUUCUUAUGAAUCGAUAGGAUGCAGUACAUUGUGGAACCACUGUUGUACAUCACCAUUAUGUUCCUGUGUGUAUCCUUUCUUUAGUACAUAUACUUGGUAAAUUUGGUCACAUAUUCAUCUUAUUUUGUGAUAUCUGUUUUAUUUGGUUGUGGAUAAUUGUAAAAAAAAAUAUACAUAAUAUAUAUUAUAUAUAGUAUAUUGAAAAAAGUAAAAUGCAGUUCUGAAAAUUCACAGGUCAGUCUUUGGAAUAUCUUUCACUUCUCCCUUAUUAAAUAAAUUUGCAUCAUAUUGUGGUUCUGAAAUAUAAAAUAUAUUUAAAAAUUGAUUCAUCACUGUUCCCAAAUCCCAUAAAAACUUUAAAAAGUAAGAGGGAAAAUGGUGGAUUUUGUUUAGUGAUUUGUAAAGUGAGUUGUCUUCUGCUGGCUUGGUAAAUGGGUAUAUUCUCCUGUUGGCUAAUCAUUAUCCCCAACCUGAUGACUGAAAAUAUGAAGCAAAUGGUGCUUUUGCAGUUUCUUUCUCUCAUGCCACUCACAGCUGAAACCCAGUGUGUAUGCAGGUUUAUUUUCUGUAGAUGACAGAAAGCAGUACAAAUUCACAUCCCCUUGCACAAUGGUAAGGGCUGUGGCUAAUGUGUCUGCACUUCAUUCAUCCUGUAAGACUAAGGCUAAAGGGCUUAUUCUGUCGUACAUUUUCAUUUCUGAAAUCGAGAGCCCUGUGCAGCCAUCUUAUUUGGCUCCUCAAUGCUUACCAUUCAGCAAUGCAAAUAUACUUAGAAAAACAGCCUUGCCAGAGUUCACCAAACUAGCAACUCUUUGUAAUACAUGCCUGAUGAAAACUAAUCCCCCCACCCCCCAUGUUAUUAUGCCGCUGUUCAAUAAACUGUCUGAGUACAGAGUAACUGCUACAUCCCCAAAGCCUCCCCACUGGAUGGAAUAUCUAGGAGAACAUUAAUAGGCUACAGCCAGAACAUAAUUCAGCCGUUCUUCAUCUUCAGCCUGUACGGUGAAUCCUCUUUUAAAUCUGCAGUGCUCCUCACAAGCAUAUUGACCAAUUUGUGGAAUAAGACCACACGGAGCGGUUGGCGUCCGGUCGAUACAAGCUCUGUCAGUUUCAGUCAGAGAAAAAAGGGCAGCGGCCAAGGUGAAAACAGAGGAGACCAGGGUAAACCAGGGUGCUCAAGUCAAACCGAUCCAAACACAAAAUGCAGGGAGGCUUCAUUGAAUGUGGCAUGGUGCAAAGUAAAAUAAUGCGAAGACAAACCAAAACCAGCCGGCACUAUAAGCUUGGGUUUCUGCUCCCAGAGCAAAAAUAAAUAGGCUAAAUUGACAGACUAAAUAUUUCAAACAAAAAACCAACAAGCUGCACAACAUUACCGAUCAAGAUGGUGCAACAGGCAGUGCAAUCCAUGCGCUGAAUUGGUAAGCAGGUGUGGUUUCACUCAGAAAGAAUUUCCACCGCAUCUUCCUGCAUUUUUUUAUUUUAUUUUAUUUUUUAUUUUUUCCAGAGAACAGAAAAAUGGCUGGUAGUAUUAUCGGACAUGAAUGUCACCAUUAAGUAAUUAAGUAUGCGUGCAUAAUAUUGACAUAAUAAUAUGUCAAUAUUAAAUAGAAGUAACACUUUGGCUAUUAAAAGCAAUUGAGCGUGAAGGCCAAUCACAUCCUGAAUUAACCCUUUAGAAGUAAUGAGAAAAUCAACAAGGAUUCAAAAGGAACAAUGACUAGAGGUGCAUGAAAAACACUGAAAUUCAUCACAAACAGGCUGGGCGUCGCCUGAGAGUGGCCAGUGUCAGUUGUGGCCCAUCAGUUGCCGCGGGCAGAGCAGAUGGACUGUGACUAUGGCUGAGAAAUUGCUAAGCCUUUAAUGUCAAAUACCUUUGUUUUUCUGUCAUCUGGGAAAGUGUGGCUAUUGUCAAAACUGUUCUCCCUCGGUCUGAUUUGUUGACGAUGGCUUUGUCUCGUGGCAAUUACAGCUGUCACAAAACGAAAGCCUGACUCCAGGCCAACUUUGAAAUUGAAUACUUGCUAAAUUCAAAACAACCAACUGUGCAGAAUGUAUGACAGUUUUUCUUUUCUUUUUUUCCCCUUUGUUGCGCGAACAUCUAAAAAUAAAAAUAUUGGAAAUUAUAUAUGUAUUGUAUCAACAGGCAACAGUGCCUGUGUCAUUAUCCGUGGUUGUUAAUUGUGACUUUUGAUCCGGUUUUUAAGUGUUUCUGGUGUUCGCGAAUGAAGAGUCUCAAAUUAAAUGCAACACUUUAGUGCCCCAGAGAAUUUAAUUAUACCCAACUUUUCUCACCAUUUUAGCGCAAUGCAUACGUCUGACACCAUAAAAUAUUAAUUUACAUUGAUUUACUUAAGUGGAGUUCUGCCAAUGAUGAGUUUACUGUAAGUGUUGAGGCAAGUGUUGAAAACGAAGUGCAUGCAUGUUCACAGUGAUAAUGUAACAAUAAUCUUUUGUUCUUUCUACUGGGGAUGUGCUUCACAAUCCAAAUCAUAAUGAUUGAAAGUGGUGAUCAUUUCACUCUUUGCUCAUAAUUCAAUAACAAUAUCAGGGUUUGAUGGGGAUAUUAUAUUGGCUCCGCUAGACCCUGGCUGGAUCAAAACUUUUGUCUAGAUGGGAUCUAGAUAAAAUGCUGAGCCAGUCUUUUCAUUAUACCAUUCAACUAGCUUUUAAAUGUAUCACCUUUUAUGUAUGCACAAAUUACUCUGCCUAUUUUGGUCUCUGGUGCCACUGAACAUAAUUGUCUUUUUUUAGGCAGAUCAAGGAGACAUGGAGACAGUCAUAAACCAUUUUCUAACAGCUUGGACAGCACAUUGUCAUAUUUCAGUUACAGUGUGUGUGUAUGUGCAGAACGUGGAUUGUCUGCUGAACAAUCGUUACACACUGCAUGUGCGGUAUAGUAUUCCCUAUUUCUGUUUCCCUGGACAAUGCACAUGAAUGAGUGAACAUAAAUAAUUAUGGGGGGAUUUUGUUUUGCCAAAGUCUAUACGGCCAGCUGAGCAGAUUGACAUUGCUGCCUAUGAGAGGCUUUUUUGACUGUAAAUAAGAAUCCGGAGUUAAUCCGCUGUGAUAUUUGUUCUUGGUCUUUCUUAUGUAUCAUUUUUGGAUUGACUUUGCCACACUGCCCCCCAACUCUCCCCACCCCACUCCACCCCAGCCCAACCCAAAUCACCUCCACAGAAAAUUCUGGUGUUUUUCUACUCUGUAUGUUCUACCAGGGGAGAAGGCAGUGCACUCCCCACCUCUAUCAAUGGAACAGCUAGCCACUGUAAUUUUCACCUGUAAAUAAAAGUGUGCUGAUAUAAAGAAACAUGCUUGUAA